AUGGGCAGAAAGGAGAAAAUCGCUCGGUCGAUCGUACGGGCGAUUGUCCAGACGAACGGGACAAACAGACAACGAAGCACGCUCCUUGCACGGAUCCUCGCAUUCUUCUCGGCCUUCUUCUCGUUGUAUCAACUGCUUCUUCGCAAGAUUCGCCCUGCAGAUUUUGGAAAUCUCCGCCGAAAUCAUUGGGGGGUCACAGACGAUGACUAUGUCGAGUCGUUUCAAACUGAUGAUGGCGGCGCAGAAGAACAGUCCCUCAACGCGAUAGGGGACAUGGGUUUUUCUGGCUCGACCUUCUACGCCACCGCCAAUCACAAGUAUCUCGUCAAGUCCGUACCCCGACAUUCCGAGCAUUCGUUUUUCCACGAGGAUCUCUUGACCCCGUAUGUCCAGCACAUGGCAGCCCAACCACGUUCCCUCCUGGUCCACGUCUUCGACUUUCUCGCUGUCUCGGGCCCGUCUUUGGGGCGUGUUCUCCGGUCCGCGCCCUCCCAUCACAUAGUCAUGGACAACAUUAUGUAUGGGCGGGAGGAGGCCAAAAAACAAGGGGAGGCAGACUGGGAAAGCUGGGACCUGAAGCCAACGUCGUACUUUUAUCCCGAAAGAGACAUUGCCGGCGGCGCCCUGACGAGCGAGGCAACCAAGGACCGCCUCGCCGAUGACUUCCACGACAAAAUUAUUCUCAGUCGGGACCAGGCCGAGGACUUCUUUGCCAGCCUCGAAGUAGAUUCCAAACUGCUAUCCAAGUACAAUGCCGUGGAUUACUCACUCUUCUUGGUGCGGAUGCGAACACCUCAACAAGCGGCCGCAUCAGUGCUCCCCCCCGCAGAAUCGGCCGCAGUCACUACCAAUCCGCCACCGGCCCCGCCUUCCCAACAAAGUUGGAGGACGGGGGUCUCUUCGGCGGAUGGCAGGUACCUCUUUCGCGCUUCCAUCUUGGAUUUCUUCUGGGCCAAGCACAAAGCCCAACCCAAGGUGAUGACGCUAUUGAUCAAGCUCUGGAACACGUUGAUAAGCAAACAGGGGCACAUGAGUAUCACCACAACCCCGGAUGAGUACCGGGAACGGUUCCUCAACAUGUGCAGGGGUAUUGUUGAGAUUAGAGAGGAAUGA